UCAGUUAUACUGCAAAUCUCAAGGAGUCGCUUUGAUAGGCUCUGAGGGUACGAUGCAGGGUUUAGGUGCUCGCAUUGCUCGUCGCUCACGUGCCUCUCCGCUCGCCGGAGGGAUAUUGUCUCGCGGUUCUUGCACCAAAUUGUUCGUCGGAGGACUUUCUUAUGAUACUAACGAACCUGUUCUAAAGGAUGCUUUUCGCCAAUUUGGUGAUAUAAUUGAAGUUAAGGUGAUAUGUGAUCACGUGAGUGGAAAAUCCAAAGGGUAUGGGUUUGUGCAGUUCCAAUCUGAAGCUGCGGCCAGCACAGCUCUGAAUGAAAUGGAUGGAAAGUCAUUAGACGGAAGGGACAUUCGUGUACACUAUGCGCAGAAGAGAAAUGGCGGACUAUGAUGAUCUUAGUAUUGAUAUAACACAUUGUGGUCAAUUUUAAGGAAGUGCUUCAUAGAUGCAAGGACACGUGAAUGUGGGAGCUUCUUGUGAGGGAGAAGCACAGCAAUCUAGUCUCCGAGUAUCAAUUCAAUCAUUACAUUCAGGAAGCGUUCAUCGUAGGCUCAAUGAAGUAUCUUUUCUAUGUCUCUAAAUUUGAAGAAUGCAGUGACUGUGUGUAUUCACUGUCCCAGGCAGCGAGCAAGGUCUUAAUAUGCAUUCUAGAUUAUUUGGUGGUGCAACUCUUGCUUCUUGUUAAAGGAAAAAUUAUACUCCCAUACUAGACAUUGUAGUUUUGGAGCAAUGUCUAUGAACAAGAGCAAUGUCAUUUUGGUUAUUUGGGAGGGUUUGUGAGGAUCUCUGUGUUUUUGAAUGAAUAACUGAACUACCUUUCUACUUAUCAGUCAAGUUUCGAGGAAGAA